CCCCUUCGAAAGCCCAGCGAACAAACGUCGCAGCGCCUGCCCCUUCGCUCGCGAAUCCUGACCCUGUCCUGAUGGCCACUGGUGGCUCUGCCGACGGCCCGCCGUGGCGGGUCCUGGUCCGGGUGGCCGAGAACCGUUCUGGCCUGGAGAAGAAGUUACAAAAGUAUUUCCAGAGCUUGAAGAAGUCCGGGGGAGGCGAGUGCACGGUCAAAGCCGGCCCUAGCGAAGGCACUUACUGGGUAGAGUUUUUGGAAAGCCAAGCAAGGCAACGAGUUCUAAAAAGAGAGAACCAUGAGUUAGAAUUGCCAGGACAAGAAAAAUUGAAACUCACUGUCAGACUGCCUCCAGCAAAGAAUGAGAAUAAAAUCAGUGAAAAACCAGUCACAACAGAAGGACGCAAGAUCAAAGACGGAGCCCAAGAACAAGAAGUAUCAGAAGACCAGGACACAAAGCUGGAGAGAAGAUCAACCCAGGCUGAGGGUAACUCUGAAGAUGCUAGAACUAUUUCCUCAUUGGUUGUAUUUAAAAAUGUCCAACACACAAUAAGAGAGGACCUAUUGACUUUAUUGGUGGAGAACAUGAGUGGUUUCUCAGAAAUGAAUGGAGACUUUACAAUAGAAAUCAUACCAGAAGCUCAGGUUGCUGUGGUUACCUUCCUGAAAACUAUUGAUACAGAGGCAUUUGUUAUUAUUUGUACCCAGAAUCACAGAGUUAAAGAACUUAAGAUUUCUGCAUCAACUCUAGAAAUGACAAGAACUAUUUUGGUGGAAGACCUACCCCCAGGUGUUAACGAAAUAUUAAUUUCUUUUUUCUUUGAACACCCCAAAAAUGGAGGGGGAUCAGUAACCAUGGUCCAAUAUUCUCCAAAGGAUAAUUCAGCCUUGAUUGAAUUUGAAACACAUGAAGUGAUUGAUACCAUAUUGAAAAAGAAGCUUCUCUUCAGUAAUAGUCCCAUUUCAGUGUACCCAUACUACCCUGCUUUGGAAUCUGCUUUAUAUGGACAGGCAAAACCACCAGUGAAGCUACCACAUCCCUUAACAGUGCCAAUGGAACCUUAUCUUUUGAAGUUCUUACAGAAAGAUGAUCAAGUAAUUGGUGAAAUAACUAGCACCAUGGAGAGAUGUUAUUGUGAGUUAUUCUGGCCCCAACCCAGUUGCAAAGAUCCAGAAAUUAUACUCAAUCCUUCAGAUUCCUUAGUCAGUCAAGGAAGAACAAAGAGAAACACAAUCAAGACAUGGAAUGAAGAUGUUUCCAAGAGAUUCUCUGACCUCAUGUCUGAAUAUCAGGUUAAUACGUAUAAAGUGGACCCAUUGGUAUGGGAAGCCAUUAGAGACAGCAUAGAAAAUGAGAGCAUUUUGACUGAGUUUGAUGAAUAUCAAGAGACAAUGAUCAGAGUGGGGAGACUAGAAGAUAUGCAGGGAACUGAACUACAAGUGAAAACUCAGAUAGAAAGAGCCACCCAAAAAAUAGGAAGAGAAAAGCAAACUAUAAAAGAGAAGCUCACUGUUAGUCCUGGAAGAUUUUCCCUUUUACACAACAACAAAUUAGAAGAGACUCUCCACAAGGAGCACUCAGAUGUGGAGGUCACAUACAAUGCCCUCACAAAAAGCAUUUGCCUGAGUGGUUUGAAUACAAAUGUGUAUAAAGCAAAGAGUGAAAUUCUAGAGAAACUACAGAGGUUGGUUCAAAAAUAUCUCCAUGUUCCUCCUCAGAUUGUUCAGUUUCUGCAGCAGGUAAACUGUGAGACAUUCUCUGAAUCUCUUUUUAGAGCUGAGAAAAUUUCUGCUAUUUAUGAAGUGGAGGGUGAAGCAAUUUUGCUGGUUGGCUCUUCUCCCCAAGUUCUUUCAGAAGCUGAAGAACGUAUGCACAAAGCCUUGGACUAUAAGUGCAUUGACGUGGUAGACAGUGAGAUUCUUAAUGACUGUCAGUGGAAAACAGUCACUGAUGAUCUGAAUAAGAAAUACAACUGUUCUUCAAAGACAAUGGUAAUAGAAGAGCAAAAUUCAGACACUGGAGUUAAGAUAAUGAUUGCUGGUUGUGUUAGUCCAGUAUGUGAAAGCUACCAGCUGCUUUGUGAAUUUAUAGAAAAAAACUCAAAAGUACAAAAAUUUGUUGCUGUGAUUUCUUUAGCAGUCAUUGAGUAUAUGAAGGUGGAAAAUGAGCAAAUCUGGCACAAUCUAAGAACAAAAAAGGUAAAGAUUGAUUUCAAAACUCAUGUUAACCAAAGAGGCAUAUUACUUAGUGGUCCCAAAGAAGAAGUGAUGAGAGGAGUGGCAAUGGUUAAAAAAAUACAGAAUUCAGUACAUGUUAAAAAUGUUAGCAUUGAUGAGCCAGGAGCCAAAGAUUUUUUCAAAGACAAAGAAGAAUUUUAUACAAGAGUAGCAAAACAAAAGUUUAAUUGUUUGAUUUGGCUACAAGAAAAUGGAGAGGAGGGCAAUGGAGGCAGUAUUGAUGGGCAGAAGAUCCAUUGCAAGAUAACCUUAGAAUCUGGCAUCUUAUUAACUGUUCAAGAGGGUGACUUAACCCAGUUCUCAGCAGAUGUGGUGGUGAAUGCAGCAAAUGAGGACUUAAACCACUGUGGAGGCCUGGCAGCUGCACUCUCUGAAGCAGCGGGCCCAGAGCUACAAAGGGAAUGUAACCAAAUAGUCCAGGAACAGGGCAAGAUCUCUCCUGGCUCUGCUGUUGUCUCUGGUGCUGGACAGCUCCCAUAUCAGCAAGUGAUUCAUGCUGUUGGCUCCCCGUGGAGGAAAGAACAUGCUCAGAGCUGUGUGCAGUUAUUAAAAAAUGCUAUCACAACAAGUCUUUCUAUAGCUGAAUUCCAUGAGCAUAGGUCAAUUGCUAUCCCAGCUCUUGGCUCUGGGAUCUUUGGUUUUCCCUCAAAAGAUUGUGCAGAGGCCAUCAUCCUGGCUAUCAAAGCAAGGUUCCAGAACCCUUCAAGUAAACAUAGCUUGAAAAUGAUUCAUCUUGUAGAUUCUUCUAAGGAGGGAGUUCAAGCUUUUUCUGAAGCUGUGAAAAAUAACUUUGAAGAUCUUUCUCCUGGUAAUAAACCAGCAUUCUGUAUGCAAUCAGAAAACCAGGAAACCAACUUGAGAAAAGAAGACACAUAUGGAAAGGUGCUGACCUCCAUCAAAACUAGAGAAGGUCUGAGUAUCCUGUUGAUAAAAGGAGAUAUUCAGAAUGCUGAGGCAGAUAUUAUUGUCAAUUCCAUUUCACUGGAUUUUCCUCUUAAUGGAACACUUUCUCAGGCCAUAUUGAAGAAAGCUGGUCCAUCUCUCCAAGAAGAGUUAAAGACAGUAGAAAAUAGAAUGGAAAUGAAAAUAGGAUCUGUUCUCCUGACCAGUGGCUGUAAUCUGAACUGCAUCUUUGUUCUCCAUGCAGUAAUUCCUCCGUGGGAUGAAGGAAAAGGUGACUCACAAAAGAUCAUGGAAGAUAUAAUCAGAGAAUGUUUGGAGACCCCUGAGAUUCUCUCUCUAACAACAAUUACAGUUCCAGCAAUUGGCACAGGAAUAGCAAAGUUUCCAAAAGCCAUUUUUGCUGAAUUAAUCCUUUCACAAGUGUUUAAAUUCAGUAGUACAAGACCUUGUAAAACUCUAAAAGAAGUUCGUAUUCUGUUGCACCCCAGAGAUCAAGAAAACAUUAAGGCAUUUUUAAAUGAAUUCAGUAGAUGGACUAGUAGAAGUAGAAAUGAAAGUUCUACCAGUUGCAGAGUUGCCAAGACUGUGGAUGGACAAGAUUUCUUUGGGACUAUAUCUAAUACUGCACUAGGAGUUUAUGAAACAACAAUUGGUUCCAUUUCUUUCAUAAUUGCCUCUGGAGAUAUUGCCAAGGAACAAGAAGAUGUUAUUGUAAACUCUACAAGUAAUUCAUUUGUCUACAAAGGAGGGGUUUCCAAAGCCAUUUUAGAAGCUGCUGGAAGAGCUGUGGAAUUGGAAUGUGCUGCAUUAGCUGCAAAACCUCAUGACAAUUUUAUAAUUACCCAAGGGGGAAAUUUGAAGUGCAAAAAAAUAAUUCAUGUACUUGGUCAUGAAGAUAUUAAAAAAACAGUCUCCAGUGUCCUGCAAGAGUGUGAAAAGAUGAAGAGCAAAUCGGUUUCCCUCCCAGCCAUUGGAACUGGACAGGCCAAACAAGACCCAGUUGUUGUUGCAAAAAAAAUAAUUGAUGCUGUUGAAGACUUUGCAUGGAAAGGAUCUGCCCAAUCAGUGAAAAAAGUGAAAGUGGUCAUCUUCUUGCCAGAACUACUGGAAGUGUUUUAUGAUAGUAUGAAAAGAAGAGAAGGUUCUCCAAUGCCAACCUUUAUGUUUUCGAAGUUAAAAAUACUUUUAGGUCUUACAAAACAUAAUUUUGUUUUUGGGAAGAAAAUAAAAUCAACCAUAUUUCAGAUAUGUGGCAAAAGUGAGGAGAACAUUGAAAGCACUGGCUCUUGGAUACAUAACUUAACUUUAAAAGAACAAGAGAGUUACCUCACCUCAGAUGAAUUGAUACAAAACUUUGGUGAAGAAGAAUUCAAGGAACUGAAUACACUGCAGAAAAGUUUGAAUAUCAUCAUUUCCCCCCGAAAUAAUUUUUGUCUCCAGGCCGUAGGACUUGCCAAAGAUGUGAUAAAGGCUUCCCAGAAAAUUGAAGAUAUGAUGAGGAGAGUUUGCUUAAGAAGAGAAGAGGAUUCUAAGGCUGAGCAGCUUAGUCAUUUCAUUCAAUGGCAGUAUAACGAAAAUGGUGUUUUCCUGUCCUUUGACAAAAUAAAUAAUUUUUAUUUAGAGAAGGCAAGGGAAGAAAAGAAAAAUAAUGUUGAUAUAAAAAUCAAGAACAAAAGCUACACAGUGAACUUUCAUACCAACAUUGCAACAGAUACAAAGGGACACAGUUUCCCUGUUCAGAGAGUCACAAAAUCUGAAGGUGUCAUCCCUAUACACUGGGCUGACAUGAAACAGCAGAACCUACUUUUGGUGGAAUUAAAGCCUGGUCAGCAAGAAUAUAUGACCGUAAAGAACAAUUUUAAAAAGACCUGUUCUAACUACAAUAUAGAGAAGAUUGAGAGGAUACAGAACAAAAGCCUCUGGAAUUCAUAUGAGACCAUCAAAAAGAAUAUGAAUAACCAGAAUCACCGAACAGAUAACGAGAGAUUCCUAUUCCAUGGAACAAGCGUUGAUUCAGUGCCCAACAUAAAUAACAAUGGCUUUAAUCGAAGUUAUAUUAAAAAUUAUGCUUGGGGAAAAGGAAUCUACUUUGCUGUCAAUGCUUUCUAUGCUGCAAGUGAUACAUACUCCACACCAGACAAACAUGGAAAGAAGUAUAUGUAUUAUACACGUGUACUUACUGGUGAUUACUCUCUUGGAAAUCCCUCAUAUAUUGAUCUUCCGCCAAAGAACACUCAAAAUCCGAAUGUUCUGUAUGACAGUGUCACUAAUGACUUACAGAAACCGACCUUAUUUGUCAUAUUUCGGGACCAUCAGAGUUAUCCUGAGUAUCUCAUUACUUUCAGGAAAUGACAUAUUUUGCCUUCAAGGAGAUAAUUCAGUUACACAUUUAUAAGCACUAUUUUGUUUUCAGUAUACAUUUCUGAGUGAGAUUAUCUGUUCUUUCUCUCCAAGAUUUUGCUAGGAUUUAUAUCUCAUGAGCUAAGAUGUCAGGAACCAUGAGAAUAUUAAGAAAUGUGCCCACAUUGAUCCAAGGCCUACAACCAAAGAAAAAUGAAUACAUUUCUCUUCCCUUAGAAAGGAAAUAAAAAAUGAAAUUGCUCCUCUGAAAGACAAAAGAUAUAAUUCUGAGAGUCUUUGACUGCCUAUAAUGUCUCCUAGAGUCUCAUAGGCUAGAUAGAAUGAUGGGUAAAAAUAAGCAAAAUUCCAAAAAGUAAUGAUCUAGUAAGAGUAGUAUAAUGAAAUAUGAGCUACUUUAUUUUUUAACUAGUAACAAAUCUUUAUAAGCAAGAACAAAGACUCUCAUGAACUAAGAUGGCAGGAACCGAGGGAAUACUAAGAAAUGUGCCCCUCGAUUGGGGAAUGACUGAACAAAUUGUGGUAUAUGUUGGUGAUGGAAUACUAUUGUGCUCAAAGGAAUA